AUGUCGUGGCUGCCGCCUUUACCCACGGAGAGCACGCUCCCGACGGCACCCGGAGCUGCUGCGAUCAUGGCCGACACGACGACAGAGCCCCAGUCCGUUGUCGAUCGGUAUCGGCAGCCGAUCGCUUACAAUGCUUCUCAGCUGCGGGAAACUCACACUUGGACGGAUCCGCCAAAGGCUGUUGUCGACAAGCUGCCGCAGCCGACAUCCUCGUUCCAGUCACUCCUGCACACCUACGCAGCCACAGAGAAGGAGCCAUCUGUCGCUCUUCGCCAGACCGAUGGACGUCGACAAGCUGCUGACAUGUUCCGUCUCGCCAUCGGCAACCCCGAAGUCUUCAGCCCUGUCGACACGAUGGCGGUUCCCGUCCCACCCCCGCAUGUGUCGCCGAUCGUCCCGAGCCACCAUGAGUCGCUUCCCCCGCGCCUGCUGCCUGUCAACCCCAACAAGGAUGGCAUCAUCACGUCUCUCAUUCACCAGAUCCGAACUCCCUACCUGCGGCGUCCUCUCCUGGAGCGCCUCACUUCUCUCCGACCUCCUCAGCCGCAGUCCAACGACCAGGGCCCCAUCCUGUACGGCGAAGCAGUGCGCGGCGCCGACGAUGCGUCCCUCGCCAAAGCACGUGGCAAGGCGAUCGAGGACGAGACGGAGAGCUGGUUCCAUGCCACCUGGGACUCUGGUCCCAAGGGGGCGGAGCGCGCACGUGGACGACUGCCAACGGGCCGCAAGGUCGUCAAGUCGGUGGAGGGUGCAGUGGCACCGCGUACGGCUGGGGACGUGAAACCGCUUCGCGUCAAGCUCAGCCAGCAGCAGCCGCAGACGCCCGCAGCCGAAGCGGCUUCCCCGGCGCCGACGUCGUCGCUUGGCAUCAAGUUACGGUUAGGGGGCCCAAAGACUCCCGAGCCUGGAACCGAGGACAGAGGGAAUGCUGGCUCCAUGCCGGCGUGGUCUUCGGAUUCGAGAGGACGAUUGGGAUCAGAGAGUGCUCCAGUGAAGCGGUCUGGAUCUGCCACCAGCAUGCGGUCGAAGUCGAGGAGCAAGUCGCGCAGUGCCUCCCCUGUGAAGCGCGUUUCACUGUCGCCUGUAAAACAAGAGAUUCCCUAA